AUGGCACCUAAAAAGGCUGAGAAGCCCCAGAUCCCAAUUCAACCUGUCCCAGAAAAACGCGGCUAUGAAUUUGGUGGGCCUCUAGGAGCCUUCGGAAUCGUCUUCGGUCUCCCUCUUCUUGUCUAUACAUUCACCUUCGUUUGCAAUGAUGUGACGGGUUGUCCUGCACCUUCGCUCCUGAGCCCGGCGACCCUGACCCUCGACAAGCUCAAGCGUGAAGUGGGCUGGCCCGAGGAGGGCAUUGUUGGUCUCUAUGAUACUCGGGUUACACUGUGGACGCUGAGCUACUAUGCUUUCAGUCUGUUCUUGCAAGUCUUCCUGCCUGGUCAGGAGGCGGACGGUGUUCCCCUGGCAUGCGGUGGAAGACUGAAGUAUAAGUUCAAUGCUUUCAAGUCUGCCAUCAUCAUCCUCUCUGGCCUGGCUACCGGUACCUACAUGUAUGGCGCUGAUUUCGUGGUCUGGACUUUUCUGUGGGAGAACUAUGUUCAGGUCAUCACCGCGAACCUCUUGAUUUCUUCCUCGGUUGCGCUUUUCGUCUACCUGAAGAGCUUCACGGUUCCCCAACCCGGCAAGCCUAACCAAGAGCUCCGCGAACUGGCACCCGGUGGACACACUGGCAAUCCUCUGUACGACUUCUUCAUUGGCCGGGAGCUCAACCCCCGAAUCCGUCUACCCAUUCCAUUCGUCAGCGAGGUAUCGCGGACCAUUGAUAUCAAGGUGUUUAUGGAGAUGCGCCCCGGUUUGCUUGGUUGGACUAUCCUGAACCUCUCCAAUGUGGCCCAUCAGUAUCGCACCUACGGCUAUGUGACUGAUUCCAUCGUUCUGGUCACUAUCUUCCAGGGAUUCUACAUCCUGGACGCGCUGUACAUGGAGCCUGCAAUCUUGACCACAAUGGAUGUGAUUAUGGACGGUUUCGGAUUCAUGCUGUCCUUUGGUGACGUUGUCUGGGUCCCCCACAUCUACAGCAUUCAGAGCCGCUAUCUCGCCGUCUUCCCUCUCGAGCUUGGCUGGAGUGGAAUUGCCCUCGUCCUGGGAGCCAUUGCUGUUGGAUAUUCGAUCUUCCGCGGUGCCAACAACCAGAAGAACCGCUUCCGCACGGAUCCCAAUGACCCCCGUGUGAAGCACAUCAAGUUUAUCGAGACUGCCAGUGGCUCGAAGCUGAUGGUCUCUGGUUGGUGGGGCCUUGCCCGGCAUAUCAAUUACUUUGGUGACUGGGUUAUGUCGUGGUCCUACUGUCUGCCCACUGGCAUUGCUGGGUAUGCUAUCAUUGAAAGUAUCAACCCCACCAACGGCGCCCUCCAGAAGCAGGCCGUACAGACCCCCGAGGCUCGCGGUUGGGGAAUGAUUCUCACCUACUUCUACAUGCUCUACUUCGGAGUCUUGCUGGUUCACCGUGAGAUGCGCGACGAGGAGAAGUGCAAGAAGAAGUACGGUGCUGAUUGGGACCGCUAUACCUCAAUGGUCCGCAGUCGCAUUAUCCCGGGUAUCUACUAG